UGUGCGCAGCAGACAGCGAUAUGGAGCGAAAGUAAACUCAUUCCUCGUUUCAGAUAUUAGUAUAUACAUUAAAAAAUACACAUAGAUUAUAUCAGCCCCUGCUCGGUGCGUUUGCACCGUCGGAACCUGCACUUUCACAACCUCUGGGGCCCGGCUUCGGAGCGGCUCGGAUCGGACGUGGAUCUUGCUGGAACGAGAAAACAGCAGCUCCGAAUUAAAUUCAGGGCGGCGGCGUGGCUGCGCAAAGACACUCCGGGGAAAUCUCAAUUUCUUCACCAAUCACCCCCGACAGAUAUAACUGGCCACUGUUUCUCCCCGUCCUCGAGAUCGCCCGGGAGCAAAGGAGACGGUGAGAGCUUCCGUAACUAAUAGGCCCGGAAGGUUGGAGCAGUGAAGCAGUGGAGCUACUGUAAUUGGUCUUCACCUGUCAUGCUUGCCACAGCCUCGCUGUACAACAGCAUUCACGAUUGGACACAAACUGACUGUAUACGGAUGUGUGGCAUUAAGGAAGAUAGGAGAUCUUCACUCACAGAUGCAGAAUCCAGGAAAAGUGCUCCACAGCUUGUAGGGACGGAAGAUACUUGUAUUAACAACCACACUGAAGUGGUGACUGAACGAAUGAGCAAUGGUGUCCAACAAGUCGAGGGGCAUGAAAGUAACUUGUUGCAGGAGGGACUUCAAAAUUGCAAGGAUAAUGACUCUGAAAGAUCUGUUCCAAAGGAAGAGGAGGUCGCCCUCAUGACCACUUCAGAUGCCCAAUUAAAGACUGACAGAAUUGCCAAUGCGGAAAAUAAAUUGGUACAUGGGGAAAUGCCAGAAAAUGGAGAUAACAAAAUGAAAAAUUUGGAGAUUGUGGGUAUGAAUCGGAAAGCACAACAACCUCAGUCAAAAACCACUUGCACUCAGGAUAAUGCUGGGGAACCAGGAAAGACUGUAAAAGAAAAAUUGACUCCCGGGAGUGAAGCUUCAUAUAAAGGGGUUCCCUGGAAUGAUCCACAAUUAGACAGUGCUACAUCAGGGAGUCACCACCCUUUUAAUGCACUGGGUUCAUUAAACUUAUACAAACCUUGCUUAUCAGCAUCUCAGAAUUUACAUAAAGUGGGUCAACCUUAUUUUUCACCAGUGUUUAAUCAGGGUCCACAUUUGAUGUACUUACCAGCAGCAAGCUUAAGCCAUCCUCAUGUUGCACUUUCCCUUUCAACAACUUUAGGUGUUACAGGGGUGCAGACUGUAGCAUCAUUUUCGCAAAGUAAAGCUGGUAGCCCGAAUCUAGCACCCAUUCGGCAUUCAUAUUCUCAUCCCUUGACUUUCAGCAGGCCCUUGACUUCAGAUCCUAAAGCCAAACAUCCUGCUGAUCGUUCUCAGCCCCUUCUUGUGAAAACAAAAGCCCAUUUGGAACCACCUCAGAAGCGACAGUUUUUAAUUUCUCCAUCUCACACAUCAUCACCAUCUUCCCACAUUUUUUUCAACCUGGGCAAUGAAUUGCCUUCAUCAAGGAAGAAUUCAAACAAUCAGUUACCCAAAAUUGCUGCCUGCAGCCCCACUCAUCAACCUUCACUUGAGCUCUCAGAAAGCUCACAACCUCCAUUCAUGGUAUUCAGAUCUCCACCUCAACUUGAGAAGCAGAUAUAUCCAGAGGGAUCCCAUGAUCUGCCUCUUGAUUUGUCAGCAAAAUCAAGCUGUUAUGGUAUAGGGGUUAAGCAGAAUUCAUUACCUGAGCUGAGGAAAACACCACCAAUGCCGGUGUUAACUCCUGUUAAAGGGGAUAGGUCAUUUUCUCUAUUGCACUCUAAAGGUGAUGGCAUUUCCCCACGAAUACCUCAAAGUGGCUACAAUACCAGCAGUAUUAAAGGAAGCACUGGACUGACACCCUCGCUUAUGGUUUUUCCUGAUUCUAUAAGAAAUGGGGCUACUCUGCAAAAGAAACCAGUUGCUCCUUUAACAUUUCAGCCAUCGAAUCCAACUGUGUCAUGGGUGAAAAGUUCCAGUAGUUCGGUGAACCGAAAUCCACGGACUUUUGUCGGCGUGGCUAAUGCUAUACCUGCAUCCAUGUUACAGAUUGUUAAUGGAGAUCCUAAAAGUGCUGCUAAGCAAGAACCAAUUUCUAUUGUUUACCAAGGAGACAGCCAGUUGGCACUUCCCAAUGGCAACAAAAAUGGGGAGCCCAAAAAUGAUGUGCAUGAAAAUCACGUUGUAAAGGAAAAUAAUAAUAAUUCACACAACUCUUUUGUAUCUUCCUCUAGUGAAAUAGCAUCAUUUCCUUCUCCAUUCCUCAUUGGAAGCAGCAUUCCCAUUAACCGCCUAUCAUUUGGUAGGGAUAAAACUUUGUUUCAUCAUUCACCAUUAUUAUCAAAUGGCAGCUGUUCUGCACCACAACUGUCACUAACUCAAGGAAUUCCUUAUGGUGUGUCAUCUUCCAGAGGAGAAUAUACUUUGUUUCAAAGCCCACAUCAUUUAGGGGCUGUGUGGACCCCUCCUAAAAUUCAUGCAGAGAAGAUGAAGGAAGACCAGCUACAGACAAUGGGGUCACCAUUGUCCAACUUGGAGUCAAUUGUUCAGAACACAGCUUUAGAGCUGUUUGCAGUUGAAAAUAAAAAGGAAUGCCCUAAAUCAUUCAGCCCAAAUGCAAUAAGUAAGGAAGGAAUUCCUUCCAAAGAUUUGAACCAGCCAGCCCCCAAUUGUGCAAAUAUAGUUGACUUAAGCCAUUUAUCUUUUGAAAACCAAAAUAAAAAUAGUCAGAAAGAUCAACAGAAUUCAGUUUCCACAGUCAAGAUGGACAAAAUGGGUAAAAUUAAUAAAGGAGUUGCCAAUGAAAGUUGUAAGACUUCAACAGGUCGUGUGGGUGAUGAUGAAAAAGUUCAUAAUAAAGAACUAGAAAUCCAAGGAUUAAUUACUUCUUUGCCAUUAAGCAAACAGCCUUUCGUUAAUCAGAGCCAUAAUCAUAAAGAUCUUCCUGUUGCAGAAUUGCAAAGUAACAGGAAUUUAGAGGUAGUGGCCAUACAGGAGUUAGCAAGUGGAAGUACAACAUCCUCCAUGUUACCUACAGAUACAGAUCUAUCAAUGACUAAAGGUAUGUGUAAUGAAAAAGAACUUUGUACUGCUGGACCAGUCAAACGUACUGUUACCAAAGAAAAGGAUGGUUCAGUGAUGAAUCCAGUUUCUAAAUGCAAAGGACCUAUUUCAGCUAGGUGCAAUGCAAACACAUCUAACUGUGUGGGAGAGAAGUUCAAAUGCACUAAGAAGGAAGAUAUUGUGAGUUCCAACAGGUUAAAUCGAGAAGAGCAGACCAUUCAGGGAAGCAAAAGACGGUCAAGCAGUCUCGAAGUGAGCCAGAGCGUAAACGACGAAGAUGGUUGUUUAUCAGAAGGACAUGAUGGGGAAAGAAGAAGCAGACGGCUGAAGACACCAAAGACUGAAUCCCCUUCCAGGACAGCAGUACAAGAUAAAGGUCGAACUGAUUUUACUCUGAAAAAAGGUAAAAAUAGUUUCAAGGACUUUAUUCCAGUGGUGUUGAAAACCAGGACCCGCAGUCAGUCAGAGAGUCAAUGCGGCAUACAAAUAUACUUAAGUUGUGAUCAGACAGACAGUUCAUUGGAAGAAAAUCAGCGUAUGCAAGAGGUAGUGGAAGAUGAUGUAAAGAAUUCAACGGGUCAAGAACUAUUUAAAACGGAGGGUAAAGAGACCAAAGAAGAAAGUGAGGCAGGAAGAAAUGUCAAUUUAUUUACUGAAGUGAGUGAAGAGGAUAGCUUGGAGCUACGUAACUUGAAUUGCCUCAUAAAGACUGAUGAGAAUUUAAAAACUAAUAAUGAACAAAGUCCCACCAUUAAGACACAAGUAAGAGGCAACAGAAAGAAGUUCCGGAAUGAGGUAGAUUCUGAAGUAUCUUUACAAGGAGGGGCGAAAAAUCAAGAUGGCAUCGGUUCGCAAACAAGAAAGACAGUUACUACAGUUUUCUUUUUAGGCAUAUGGACACCACCUGCUUCAUCACGAAAGAGGCUAGCUCCUUCAGCCACAUUGCCUAAUACUGACUGGAACCUGAGUGUCAGGCACAGCACUCCUGUGUCAGGAAGUAUACGUAAACUUAAAGAACCCUGCAGCCCAGGUGCUCUGAAUUUGUCCCACAUACAAGAAUCUCCAAGUGACUACCAGUCUGAAAAACCAUCAGGAAAACGUAAAUGUAAGACAAAGCAUAUAAGUGGGCCCUUGUCAUCAGAAGAUGGUGCAAACAAUCAAGGAAAGCACAAGGUUAAAGUAAGGCAAAAACGUUCCCUGAAGCGCUUAGCAUUAAUGCUGGAUUCUGAUUGGAGCCCAUCACCAAAGAAGAAACCUGAUUAUUCAGUCUGCUGGAAAAAGAGGACAUCCUCAGUUACUCCUGUUAAACAUGCAACAGGGUCACGGUCACCAUCUGCUCAAGCAGAGACAUCCACAGGACAGCAGUCUCAAUCUGAAACAAGAAAAUUAAUUGUAAAUAAGAAUGCUGGUGAAACCUUGCUGCAGAAGGCAGCACGAUUAGGCUAUGAGGAUGUGGUUAUCUACUGUUUGGAAAAUGAAGUGUGUGAUAUCAAUCACCGGGAUAAUGCAGGCUAUACAGCACUGCACGAAGCCUCCGCACGUGGCUGGCUUGACAUUGUCACACGGCUUCUGGAGCAUGGAGCAGAUGUAAACUGCAGUGCCCAGGAUGGUACCAGACCUAUUCAUGAUGCUGUUGUGAAUGACAACUUGGAUGUUGUCCAUGUUCUUCUGUCAUAUGGUGCAGAUCCUACCCUCGCUACCUAUUCCGGUCAGACAGUUCUGAAGAUGACUCAUAGUGAGCCCAUGGAACAUUUUCUUAUAGAGUAUUUUACUGACUUGAGGGGACGAAGUGAGGAUGAUCCAGCCCUUCAUUGGGAAUUUUAUGGCAGUUCUGCAUGUGAGCAGGAUAAGGAGAUCGUUUGUAACAUUUUGGCAAAUCCCCCUGGCUUUGACGAAGAGGAUGAUGAGGAUACCAAUUACUUUGUAUUUGAGUUUUCGGAAAAGCCUCUUCUUGCAUGUUACAAUAUACAAGCUUCCCUUUCUCAUGGACCUUGUAAUUGGUUGGUAUUAUCCGAAGUUCUUCGAAGACUGAAAAUGUCAGUAAGGAUUUUUCAGUCCCGCUAUCCUCAAUUUGAAAUUGUCACCAUUACUGAAGUAGAAUUUUACAAGCAGGUAUCCACAAGCCAGGUACAUUUUCAGCUCGGGAAUCUUCAGUACUACUCCAUGGAUGGCAGGACGUCUUUGGAAUUGGUACGAUGUGUACCAGAGCUGUUGGAUCUUAUUGGUUCUACAGUGGAAUUAUUAACUGAAGACUGUGAAAAAGUCAUUAAAUUCACAAGGUGAACCAAAAUCAUGACUGGUUGAUGAACUUUUCCCACCUCAGAUAAAUGGGAAGUGAAUUGAAUGGGUACUAACAGGUGUUUACAGUAUGCCAGCUGUUAUCUCAAAUCAGGCAUUGACUAGCCAUUCUGACAAGUAGUAGAAAUAACCGAUCAGUUCUGACCUUAAAGUGCAACAGUACAAGGUUUGCUGGGAUGUUUAAAGAAAGCAUUAGAAUAUUUUAACUAGGUUCGUUAAAAAUAUUUUCUAAUUAUGUUCAUGCACAUCUAAGUUUGUGAUCCAUUGACCAUGAAAAAUCAGUAAUGCCAGUGGUACAGUUGAUUCUUGUAAAAGAAACAUUACUUAUUCCUGUUGUUCUCACAAUUUCCUCCUUGAAAAGAUAACAAUUGCUGUAUUUAAUGCACAAUUUAACUACAGUUCUGUAUCACACAUCAGGUUCCCCCAAGAGGCCUAUUAGGUAGCCUGUUCAUACUUUCGGAACUAUUCUGUCAGUCAACUGCAAGGAGAUGGUGAAAAUGCCUGGCCACUUAGUGUACUUCUGAUUUCAUCUACUGCUCUACAUGCCUCUCAGGCAGAAGCUUUGACUCAAAAGCAAAACUGUACACAUCAGUGAAGCUGAAUUUAGGCAUUCAGCAGAGUCUAGCUUCAACCUGUCUCCAAUGCUUUACUGUGAUGCACCAUUCUUCAUUGAAGAAAUACAACUGGGUGUAUUUUUUUAAGUGUACUUGUAUCUAACUUGCACACAAGUCGAACAAACUGAUGUUUUAAACAUGAUGGGUGCUUUUUUUGAGAUGAAAAUAUCAAGAAUCCACUGUAUCAUAAUUAGAACCAAGUUACUAGUGCCUAAAAGGCACAUUUUCAACAUUCUGAAUUAAAAUUGUUCUGUUCUUAGCAACCGAGCACACAAUUUUGCUAAAUACAACAUUUAGUAAUGACCGUGUAUCUUAAUGGAAUCAAUAGUUUCUUUAAGUUAGGCUAUAUCUAGAAAUUGAAUGUUUGUACCCUGCAAGUAGGGAGUAUGACUUUUUUGCCACAGUAAUUUUUCUGGAUCUUUAUAUUACCUUGAGCAGGUUUUAUUUUCCAGCUUAAAGCAAUUUUAAAUCAAAGUUAAACUGAUCAAAAUUGAACUUGUAUGCUAGGAUACAUGCUGUUUAAUAAGAUAAAAUUGAAAAGCCCACUGGAAAUUUUUUUAGUUACUGAUAAUUACAGCCUAAAUUAUAAUCUCUACAACGCUGAGAUGAUGCACUUUAUGUUGACUGCUUGUUGAGUUGCACCAUUGGCUUUCUGUACUGCUGCCAUUAGACAAUUUAAAGUUAAAUAUUUAUUUAAAAGGAAGAAAGUUUUUUUUAAAAAAAAGACACAGAAGCUUGUCUCCUUGAAUGACAAAGCUGAUUCAAAACGUUUUCAGCUAUAUUUGUGAGAAAUCAACAUUCCAUUUUUGCCAGUUAAGUCAAAACAUGGAGCUAAAAUCUAAUAAAUUUUCAUUUUGGAAUAACAUCAACAAUAAAAUCACAUUUCAGUUGGAGUAGAUUUCAUUACAUAUCAGAAAGAAAUUAUCUAGGUUUAAAGAAGUCAUGUAUUUUCAUAUUAAUGUGACACACUUUGGAUGUGCAUUGUUGCAAAACUCAGGAAUUGGAUUGGUGAUCUAUUUAGUAGAUAUAACAAAUCCAGUAAGGUAGUCUGCUUGGAUUUCACUUUAGUUGCAGUGUAAUUAUAAUUCACAGUAAAACCAGAUUCCAUGCUAUUAAUAACCCAGAGAAUUCUCAGCAGUUGUUGAUACUUGGCAUACUGAUGUCAAGUGUGCAAUAUGAUGCUGCUGAUUUUACUGUUGGUAGCAGAUUUAAAAAGAUGGGGCCUUGCAUUGUUGGUAUUCAAAAUCCUGUGAACGCGGUGUAUUUUUUUUAAAGUUCUUAUGUGACUGUAGAUGCAUCAAGCUUCACAUUCCCCCAGUCAUUCAGUCAUUAACUGAAUGCCUGCUAAGGAUACUGUCUGAAAAACUGCAGUCUAGAUGAAGUAUACAUGGGUGGAACUGAUUUAUAUUUCUGUAUUCUGUCAAAUGUUAAAAUGUCAAGUACCUGCAACAUUGCAUUCAUUGUGCCUGCAGGUUAUAAUGUGAGAGUUUAUGUCUCAUUAUGUGUAGUGGCCCAUGACAAAUGCAGCGGAAUAGUCCGUCUGUAGUUGUAAUGAAAUUUCAUUGCUUAAAACUCAGCCUUAAAUGACAUGUGCAUAACCUUCCCACUCCGUCUCCUUCAUGAGUAAAGUAUCAGCAAUAUGCACACUUCUUCAAAGUGAUGAGUAUAGAGCAAUUCAACCCAAAGUUCCUCCCUCAUUUUCUCCAGUCACAUUGCAUUUCAGAAUAUACAUCCAGCUAAUCAGCAUGUCACAGGUAAUAAGAGCAUGAAACUAGUUCUUCUACCCUCACCCCUUCCCUUGUCUCCAUUCCCAAUGAACACCAGCAGGCCUGCAUUAUCCUUUGCAGAAGAGUGGGACUUCCCCAGAUCCAAUCUCUCAUUAUCUUCUUCUGACUGUAAGUAGAAAUACAAUCUUUUCAACAUAUUUAAUUUAACCACCUGCAAGUCUCCUUGCAAGGUUAAUUCUCUACGUAUUCCCAUGUUGCUACAAAGCACUGCAUUAUCAUACCCAAAUCAAAUUAUGGACCAUCCAGCCUUUCCAAGUGUUCAUACCCAUUCAGUACCAUCUUGACCAUCAACUUUCCACUUACUUCUCCCCAAAUGAGAAAAGGUAUUGAAUGUUGAACUUUUAACCCUAAUUCUAAGAAGCACAUGUGCCAUCAAGUCCCAAACCUAAAACAUAACCUUUUAAAUAUCCACUGAUACCGUAAAAAUAUUCCUAAUCUGCAAGAGAACACCUUCCUCAGUGAGGAGCAUUUAGGCCCCUUUCAUACCCCUAACUCAAUUUGACUUUGGUUCUCCACCUUCAGCUUUAUAUUUUCAUGCUGUCACCUCACCAUCUUUCACUUUGCCACCCCUCUCCCUUACCCCUUCUCACGUCCACAUUAAUUUCCCUUCCCUUCUUUUCACCUUCUCCGUUCUUGUUCAUCUGAUUAUCAUCCUACUUUCCAAAACUUUUGGAUGUUGGUCUUGAUGUCCCAAUGAGCUUUGCUGCUGGAUUAUAUGUAAAAAUUGUCUUGAAGCUUGUGACAAUGUGCCCAAGUGCUUGAAUGACUAUAACAUACCUUUGGUACCAUGCCUCUGUAUAGUGCUUUAAUGUUAAUAUGAUUUGUGUCCUCAAAUGAAGCUUUGUAAAAGCACAGCUCUGUUGUCAGUGACCUUUCCUUGCCUAAAACCUAUGUGGUCAUUGGACUUGAAUGGUUAAUUUUCCUUCUCCCUUGUUUCACCCAUAUGGCAUUAAAACUAGUCUCGAAUUAGAGUUAAAUCCAUUAUAUCUAUCUGGUUGCAAAGUAUACCUUUAUGGAGGUACCAAGACCAAUGGUUCUAUAAAAUAUUUAGCAAUAAGAAUAAGUUAAAAUUUCUUGCACAUUUAUUUUAAGUCUAGCUUUAGUUAAUUUGUGUCUUUCCAACUUCAUGUAAACCAUGCAAAACAAGUCGCCUUCCUUUUGGUAUUGACAAACGAAAUCUGUUAGAGAAGUAAACAAGACUUUAAAUUACAGUUUUCUUAUAAACCAGAUGACAAUAUGCCUAAAGAAUGGUAUUUUAAGCUUAUUUUAUUCUUACUAUUCUUGUUUAACCCUGAGGCGCAAUUUUUCUGAUUCCUAUUAUACAAUUGAAAACUCAAAGGAUAUAAAGUUGGUACAGAAACUUAAAAGCUAAUGAUAAUAAUCUCAAAACCUUGCAUUGUUUCUUGUACAACUGUAUAUAUAUACUCCAUUUAUAAAUAACUGCCCAUUUUAGCACCCAAUUUGUUACCUUGCUGCCAACAGUAAAAGCAAUAUAAAUAUUUGCCAUGACUAAUUAGGUACACUCACAAUUAUAUGCUCUGGAUUUAUUUCUACUGCAAGAUGUGGUUGCUGAAACAAAACUGUACUGUUACUGGCUUUGAACUGAGAGAUUAAGUUGAGGCUGCAACUAACAUUUGAGGUAAGGGUAUAAAAAAUUUAUGUCACAAUUGUAAGUUUUGCAAGUAACCCGCCUGAUACAUUCAACUCCCUCAAUCUACGUCACUAAAUUAGAUGAACAGAUUCUUUAUAUUACUUGCUGUUUUUGGCACUCUGUCUUUACAACAACAUACAAAUCUUUUGGGACAUUUGCAUAUUUAUACAAUUCCUUAAGUAUUCAGGUUCAUCAGCAGAGCGAAUAAUAGUUAAAAAAACAAGUGUUACCAGUUCCACUUCUAAUUGUUUAUAUCAGAAAGUGGGUUAUACAGCAAAUCAACUCUCAAGCAAUAUGCUCAUUGAGUAAUGAACACAGAUAUCUUUGCAAAGUUUUAUAUUGCAUUGCACCAUUUACAUUAUUUUCAGCAUCUAUUCUCCCAUCCCAAUUCUGCAUUCCAUAGGACUUUAUUCAGUUAACUGUAAAUGAUGCAAAAAACAAAAAUGCACUUUGUUUUAUUAUUUCAUCAAAUAAAAAAGUUAUUAGCUGGAAUUGAUUAUUUCUAGAAUAUUCUAGACCACCUAAAUUUUACAUUUGUAUAUAAAAAAAAGAUCAUUAUUGAUAGUUCAUAAGUCAAAAUUGGUUGGGUUAUUUAAAUGAAUACUAUUACAUAUGUCAACUCAAUACAGCAGCCAAGAUGGUGCCUUCUUCACAUAUUGUAAAUUGUUCCUAAACAUGAUUGUUGGCAAUUAGAAAGUGUUCAUAAGACUUACUUUGCUAAUCAGCAUUUCAAAGGAAAACACUAGCUUAUUGCUCAUAAAGGAAUACAUAUAAUCUUAGACUUUUAACAUAUUUUAUGUCUCUCUGUUUCUAAUUACAUUACUGUUCAAUUCUAGCAUUUUCCUUUUUCUUCAGCAUUAACAUUUUCUUGUAAAGGUGAUCAUUCUGAAUUAAGAUAAUUACCUCUCAUCACUACCGGUGAUAAAAAUAAUUCAAAAAUCAGUGUAGUAGCUCAGUCUUAUAGUAAUUUGACUAAGUGUUUGUUGCCAUCUGGGUGCUCAAGGUCUGCUGCAAUCUCAUUUUAUAUCCCAGCAUUCCUUAAUAAAAAUGGCACUUCUGUUCAGAAAAACAAAUAGCUCAACCGUGUUGAAAUCCAAUUCUGCUAAUUAACUGGGCAUAUUUUUUAUUGCAAAAUUUCCAGUGAGAUAGCUGAAUUUUGGUGCUGCAACAUUGCGAAGAAUCUGUUGUAGUGUAUAAAUAAAAGUAUUUAUCUGUUGAAAACUGCUGCAGUAACCUAAAGUAAACUUAUAACAAUAGAUAAAAACAGAAAAUGCCGCAAUACUCAGCAUGUCAUGCAGCAUAUGUGCAGAUAAAAACAGAGUUAAUGCUUCAGAUCAUUCAUCUUUCAUCAGAGCCAUAAAGAUUCAAAAACCAAACAUUUUAAAUUUCAAGGAAGGUUAUUUUCUUCAUUCUCUACAUCCAAUCCUCCCCUCCCCCACCCACUCUGCAAAAUGUGCUGAAUUUUUAGCUUUUCCCCAGUCUUGAAGGUCGUUGAAAAAUUAAUUCUGUUUUGCUUGCUACCAGUGCUAUCUGACUGUUGAGUAUUUCCAGUAUAUUUUGUUUAUAGUUUCAGAUUUUCAGCAUCAGAAGUUUUUUGCUUUUAAUAAACUUCUAAAACGAGAUGAGGCUACACCUUCAUGUACAAAUCCUUAGAAGUUUAUAAGACUGCUCUGUAUAUAUUUUGUACAGUGUUUGAUAUUGCUAAAAGGAGUUGGAACCCUGUUGGUUAACUCUUAGUUUAUAUAAAGAAGUCUGCAUUGUCUUGCUGGAAAAUUAAAGCAGUUAUUAUUGGAUAUUUUGAAUUCUUCAUGUUUAUACGUUUGUUGUUUAUAUACACCAGAGUUUUUUGUUAAAAAAGUAAAUUAUUUAGUUGACAGCAUAUUUCAUUUUAAAAAUUUAACAAAUGUAUUGUGUUGAUAAUAUAAGCAAUGAGGAACUUAGAUGAAAGUCUGUAGACUGGACUUUUUCAGAUUUAUUUCUAAGAAGCACAUAGAGAAUAGACCUGGCUGUUUUGUUUACAAAAACAAAGUUGGAUUCUGGAAUGAAUCACACAUCACAUUUAUACAGUUAUCUGAAAUCAGCUAUUAAACUUAUUUGGAUUAUACCUUUUGAUUCAGAAUUGGAUUUACUGCAAGUAUAAUAACUUCUUCAUUCUUCUGUUUAAUGAUAGAUUUGUUUAUGAUUGCAUGUUCUCUCUGUUCCUCAUUAUCAAUAAGGGUUUUGAAAAGUUAAAAGUUGAACCUUCAUGAAUUAUAGAUAAUUAAGUAUAUAGUACAUGCAAUAGUGCUUAAGCAGACAUAACUAUAAAGGUGCUGAUGAUUGAGGAUGCUCAGUGUGUUACAGUUUGCAGUUCAGUAUUCAGGUUGAUCAAAUUGUUGAAUCCAAAUUCUAAUUGCAGUGAUCUGCUUUUUAUAUAUUUCUCAUUUCCCUGCUAUGUAACUGUAAGCAUGUCUAUUCAUCACUUAGUUAUCUUAAAAAAAACUCCCAAUAAGAAGAAAUUAGUAAGAAAUCCAGACCUUAGUGAUAAUUCAGUUAACAGGUUCAAGCUAAUUUCAACCAAAAUUGCUUGAUUUAUUUCAAUAGAGCAUAAUAACAGGAGGACCACAAAAUGGGCAUCCAACCAAAUGCCCUUCCUGUUGGGUAGCUGAGAUUAAAAUUAUUUGUGCAGAAUCUCCCCACUAACAGCUUUCUUUACAUUUUGAGCAAAUGGGAUACAAAAGUCUCUUUAUUGUUGUUAUCACAUUUAUUUUCCUGUUACUUUUAAUUGUUGUUUAACUAUGUAAAUCUGUUUUUUGCCUUUGAUUCUGUAUCUCCUUAGCACCAGCCUGGUCCUCCCAUCCUACAUAAAUUUUAAUUAAAACAAAAGUGAUGCUUUA